AUGAUCCGCGCCGUCCUCAUCUUCAAUACGCACGGCAAGGCGCGCCUGUCCAAGUUCUACGCGCCCGUCUCAGUCGUGCAGCAGCAGGCACUCAUCUCGCAGAUCUUUAGUCUUAUCUCGGACCGCCCUGCUGGCGUGUGCAACUUUCUCGACGCGCCCGAGCUCGUCUUCCCCUCCCCAUCUGCGUCGGGCAAGGAGGGCGACGACACCCGCGUGAUUUACCGCCACUACGCCACCCUGUACUUUGUCUUCGUCGUGGACGGGGCAGAGAGCGAGCUCGGCAUUCUCGACUUGAUCCAGGUGUUUGUCGAGAGCUUGGAUCGGGCGUUUGAGAACGUGUGUGAACUCGACCUCAUCUUCCACUUUGACGAUGUGCAGUAUGUCCUCAACGAGAUUAUCCAGGGUGGCCUCGUAUUGGAGACCAACAUUAGCGAAAUCAACCUCUGCACACAAGCGGCGCAGCGAAACCGCAAGGCGAGUGCUGCAAGCACCAACCCCCUCAUGCCAUCCAUGCUCGUAACGCCUGGCAGUCGCGCGCGCGCAGCCGAGGGACCACGACGGUGGCUCUCUUCCAUCGGUGUGUAG